CUCCGGACUGUCGGACUGGCUCAGACCGAGCGAGGAGACUGUCUCUGGGCCAAGUUCCAUAGUGGAGGGGGGAAGCAAUGUGGUCCCUUCUUUCCACGCUGACCGUCUUAUGUAUCCAGAUGUUGCUGGUGAUGUGCAAUCCAUUACAGCAGGUACUUGGUGUGGAUGGAGUCAACUUCAGUGUGCAUGUGGAGAACCAGACACAGGUGCGAGACACCAUGAGUCGGCGACACCACCGGGUCUACCAGCUCUACAGCCGCACCAGCGGUAAACACGUCCAGGUGCUGGGGCGCAGAAUCAGUGCCCGGGGAGAAGAUGGAGACAAAUAUGCCCAGCUCGUAGUGGAGGCCGAUACCUUUGGUAGCCAGGUGAGAAUCCGUGGCAAAGAAACUAAUUUCUACCUGUGCAUGAACCGCCGCGGCAAGCUGGUAGGAAAGGCCAGUAAUCGAAGCGCCGACUGCGUCUUUGUGGAAAAGGUUCUGGAAAACCACUACACAGCUCUGAUGUCAGCGCGCUACACGGGUUGGUAUGUGGGCUUCACUAAAAGAGGUCGCCCUCGCCGUGGCCCCCACACACUCCCCAACCAGCAGGACGUGCACUUCAUGAAGCGCUUUCCGCCUGGGGAGCAGCCUGACCUCACCACCCCCUUCCGCUUCACCACCGUCAGCAAGCGUGGCAAGAGGGUGCGCGCUACCGGGCCCCGCUAGUAGUGGCUAACGCUAGCACCCACUGUCUCGUCAUCCAAAGCCUUGACCUGAGCCUGGCAUUGGCUAACCCAGUCAUCUCUUCUGUCACACAUGACUGAACAACUCCCUUUUAUGGGACAAACAUUGACCAGAAACUUGAUGAAUCAUUCACGGGGUUUAGCUUUACACCAACUAAUUUGCCACUACAGCCCCAUAGUUAGUGAUCAUUCCUCUCAGUUUUAGUUC